GAACUUUCAGUGCCGCAACCGAAGGCCAGAACCCCGAAAUCACCGACAAAGUUAAACGGAAAUGGCAACAACAGACUGGCCCACCACACGGACCCCAAAGAUGUCGCCCUUGUCGUCGCAAAAACAAUCGAGGAAUCAGUUGACUGGGUCUUUUCGUACUGUGAAAAAUAG